AAAGAAGACAAAGAUCGUAAUCAGUUCGUGUGUACAGAAAAUUAAAAAAAUCCGAAAUCAUGAGACCGGAUUCACGGAGUGUCUCGUUUACGUUUCACCGGGAAGUUCUGAAUGUCAAAAAUUCACCGGAGAUCACGAAAAACUCGAAGAAUUUGAGGCGUCGUCUUCAGGACCGCUUCGAAAAGGAUAAAUCCAAUGAUUCUUACAAGGAGAAAACGCCAAAAGACAAGCAGCCAAACGAUCGAAGUUGGAACAAUAUAACGCUCGGAAAUAUGUCGGCAGACUCUAGACGGGCUUUGCGGAGCGGAGCCGAAAAAUUAUCCAAAACCAUAUCUUCCGUACGCACAACCUUUGGAACCAUUUCACAGAAAUUCAAAAGUUCAACACGCAGACGUCAAAGAUUAGAGGAGCAGCAAUCACCAAACAGCAUGUCCAAAAUGCAGACUCCUCAGACACGUUCUCGUCAGCUUCUGGGGCGAACACCAACAAAACUUUAUAGCCCUUUUGGCAUUGAGUCUCCCAGACAUGCAUGGGACAAGGAAAAUAGCGAAACACCCAUACAUACUCCACAAGGAGUAAACACACGUUACAUACAAUGCAGGCCAUUUCGUUUUACAAGGAAAGGGUUUUCCAUGCUGAGAUAAAAUUUUCUUUGAAUUCUUUUCUAUUUUAUUAAGGUUUCUAUAAUGAUCUCUUACUUCCUAGCAACACAUUCAGGAUUUGUGUGCCUUGUGCAACUCAUACUUGAAUUAUUUAUUUGAUUUUCAUCGAGGUAGUAAUCUGCACCCAACAGUUAUCAUAAUGUACUAUCUAUGAUAUCAGACUGCUUUACAUGUACAUGCAAUGUAUUAUGUAUUUAUACCUUUUUAUACAUAUUUAUAUUAAUAAUUAUUACGAACGCAAUAUCAAAUAAAAAUGCAGGACAAGGAUAUUGAUGGAUGAAUGCAGGAGUUUUAAUUUAAAACAUUGAUCUCUAGGAGCGACUAGAAAUCAAAGUUGCUUUGA